GGAAGAGCCUGACUCCGACAGCUUUCUCUCUAACGUACACGGAAAGAGCAGAGCCUGCCUCAGUUGGUCCGUUUCUGUUGUGAAGGUCUUUUCUCUCAUGGACUUUGGAAUUUGUACCUAAAUUCAACACGCACGCACACCAUCGUUGUUCAACUUUCAAAGCUCUUCAAAGUUCAAAGUUCAAGUGAUAUUCUGUAGAGUUAUCGAAAACUGGAUGAUAUUUGCAGGGGAGGAAUUCGAACUUGGUUGUAGACGAGAAAGCACGUUGACCUAGUCAACUCGUUGAAUGUUUUAGGUUGGUAAGAAAUCGAGUUAUGAAUUGGCAGACACCAUAAUCUGCAGGGCCUGCAUCACAAUUUGUGAAUUUUCGUCUAUCAAUUUUAUCGCCAUAGCUUCGAUAAUUCGGCUUCCAUUAAACAACGGUGCUGUAACAUCGGUGAAAAAGAAAUUCAUUGAAUCGGCUAUCGAACUGAUGGCUGAAGAAGAAGAUGGUUCAUAUUCGUAUGGGAACACAAGGAAAACUUCUAUCUACAUUUUCUUCAAGGAUUGCGGAUGUGUUUUUAAUUUGGACAAACUUGGGUUAGAAAUAGCGUCAAUUGCAUUGCCUGCAGCGCUAGCUUUGACAGCUGAUCCAAUCGCUUCUCUAGUCGACACAGCAUUCAUUGGCCAAAUAGGUCCAGUGGAGCUUGCUGCUGUAGGAGUUUCUAUUGCUUUGUUCAAUCAAGUAUCAAAAAUUGCAAUAUUCCCACUUGUUAGUGUCACAACGUCUUUUGUUGCCGAAGAGGAUGCUAUGGGAACAGUGAGUCCCAAGGCGAAUGACAACGAUUACCUGGAAACUGGUUCAUCAAUGAAUGAUGAAACAGAACAGUUGAUUCCAGAAAGCAAUACCACUCAGAACGCAUACAACUCAAAAUCAGUUGUUGCAAGCUUUGAAAUCGUUAAAAACGAUUAUCAAAAAAGGUACAUGCCGUCAGCAUCAUCAGCAAUGGUUAUUGGCAGCAUCCUUGGCCUUAUCCAGGCCAUAUUUCUCAUAGCUGGCGCAAAACCUCUUUUGAACUUUAUGGGAGUCGGUUCUGAUUCCCCUAUGCUAAAACCUGCACAGCAGUAUUUGAUGCUGAGGUCACUCGGUGCUCCUGCAGUUCUUCUUUCGCUCGCUAUGCAAGGGAUCUUCCGUGGGUUCAAGGAUACAAAAACUCCUUUAUAUGCCACUGUGGCAGGAGAUGUAACAAAUAUAAUUUUAGAUCCAAUAUUUAUUUUUGUUUUCCAUCUGGGCGUCAGCGGUGCAGCUAUUGCUCAUGUUAUAUCUCAGUACUUGAUAUGUUUCAUACUCUUGCGGAGAUUAGCAGCUGAAGUUGAUCUAUUACCCCCAAGUAUCAAACAUCUGGAAUUUAGUCGAUUUCUUAAAAACGGUUUUCUAUUAUUAAUGAGGGUCAUUGCUGCUACAUUUUGUGUGACACUGGCCGCAUCGUUGGCUGCACGGCAGGGACCGACACCCAUGGCGGCAUUUCAGGUCUGUUUGCAGAUUUGGUUGGCAACUUCCCUUCUAGCCGAUGGGCUGGCUGUUGCUGGACAGGCCAUACUUGCAAGUGCAUUUGCGAAAAAAGACUACAAUAAGGCAACAGCCACUGCAUCCCGAGUGUUACAGCUGGGAUUUGUAUUGGGGUUGAUGCUCGCUGCUAUACUGGGAGUGGGUUUGCAAUAUGGGGCAAGGUUAUUCACCAGAGAUGUCAGUGUGCUACAUCUCAUUGGCGUAGGUAUUCCGUUUGUUGCAGCUACUCAACCCCUCAAUACCCUGGCGUUUGUUUUAGACGGUGUCAACUUUGGAGCGUCUGAUUUUGCUUACUCAGCCUUUUCCAUGAUUCUGGUGGCUAUUGUCAGCAUCUUAGUUCUGUUUAUACUCUCCUCUACUAAUGGAUUCAUCGGAAUCUGGGUUGCUUUGGCCAUCUAUAUGAGUCUCCGGACAUUGGCCGGAUUUUGGAGGAUAGGAACAAGAACAGGACCCUGGGAAUUCCUCCGGGCGUAAUCGCUAACCCAGUUUUACUUACUCGAAAGUUAAAAAAGUUUUUUUCGCUUCCAUUCCUUGCAUUCUUCCGAUUUUAUUUACAUGUAGAUAAAUCAUAUAAAAAGUAAAUUUGCAUGUAACUUGUCCUGUUGGGGAAACCCUUGAUCAAAAUUUGGUUCGAGUUUAUGAGUAUAUGUUGAGAAGGGAUUGCACCUUCUCUGCAUAUUUCUUAUAAAAUUGUAACCACAGGUCCAUAGUGACUGGAGAACCGAAUAGGAAUUGAACUUCUGUGCAAUUCAAAUGGAAUCGUAUCAUGUAAUUGAAAUAUUAAUCAAAAUCAGAUUCAAUCAA